GUUUGUAGGUGGUUGUACAACGGUUGUGAGCGACGAUCGCGACCGAGAACCAUUAUCGGAAAAAUUUUGGAUAGCAAUUUCAUGACAGACCACAGCUACACGACCGGAAGAUCGAGGCAUCAUGAUGAUGGCAUCCGUUGGAGGCAGGGAUUCGGUCUUUUCGAGUGCCGCUACGGGCACGUCCUCUUCGUCGUCAGCCGUGGGGACCGGAGUGUCGGGAGGAGCUCCCAGGAAGCUGCAGGAGCAUCAAACAGUCUUUCGAUCCGAUUUUGAAAAGAGUGUAAUCACCCUCACCGCGGAAAGACGAGGUUGGCAGCGAUGGUGGGGCACGCCAAGCGAGGACGAUGGCGAGUGGAACGUCUACUGGGCCAGCGUCCACACCGUUCGCAAAAUGUUCAAUCCCGAAACAGGAAAGCGCCUCGCGGACCAUCAGGUUCUUACACUGAAAAAAAUCCAACCCGCCUCCUUAGCUGAUUUGCUUCCCACAUUCAUCUUCAGCUCCGUGUCGUUGAGUGCGCAAAGCAUAAAUGGUUAACAUUGACCUUGAUCAUUAAAUAUUCAAUAGCGGACCUCAUCACACGAAUUCACGACGUCAGGUAAUCAACCAUUUCCCGAACCACUACGAACUGACACGAAAGGAUCUGAUGGUGAAAAAUUUGAAGCGGUUUCGAAAGGAGUGCGAGAAGCGAUGGAACCUGGCGCACGGCGUCGAGCGACGAGUGGCGUACUCAGGUGGCUCCCGAGGGUCAGCAGCACUUUUAGGUCAAUCCAUUAGUAGUGCUGGAGGCUCCUCUGGAAGCUGUUCUACCGCUGGAACGGUCCCGACUAGCGGACUUGUAGUCACUGGGAGCACGGAGAACCAAGCGAGCAUCGCACUGAGUGGUGGCACAACAUCAACGUCGACAGGUCUCGGCGCCUCGACGGUCGGCUUAGCGCCGACUGGCGCAGGAUCAGUAACCGGCCCGACGCCCGCAUCUAGUGGCACAUUCGGCGGGCGUCAAAGGCGGGGAAGCUCGCAAGAAUCCGGUAGAGAUGGCCGCUCAUCUGGAGUUGCACAGCCAAUAACGACACAGCCGCAUGGUACUCUAGCGACUCCCGUGCAGGCGGUGAUGGAUAUUGGUGCUAAUGCAGGAACAGGAGCCAUUGACCUACUUAUGCCAGGCGACAGCAACCCAGAGACAAGUGACAACGCCGAGGAAGAAGAGGACGAAGAAAAUGAAGACGACGACGACGAAGGCGAAGACGUCGAACUGACAAGCCCAAUGGGUGGUGGUCCGCGAAGCCGACGUACGCGGCCAGGGAUUGCGCGGGCCUCCGGAGGACCCUUUUUCGGUGGCGGCUCCUCAUCGAGCUAUUUCCAGCCCUGUGGUUUUGCACGAGCAUCCGGAAAUCCACAAAAGGCUUUUCAACGUAACAGUUUUGCUGGUGCAGGUGCACGUGGCGGAUAUUUUUUUGGCUUUGGUCGAUCCUCCCGGAAACCAGGAGUGACGACGAGAGUAACCGAUUUGCCUCUUGCCCCAGACGACAGUGGAGAGCCGCUGAUUGACCCACUCACUCUAGACUUUAUUCCAACAACGUUCACGCUGCCGCAAGAUUAUUCUCUCUUUGUCGAGGAGUUUCGCCGCGGAGGCUCAAGCUGGAUCAUGAAGCCCAUCGGGAAGGCGCAAGGCAAAGGCAUUUUCCUUGUUUCCCGUCUCAAUCAAGUACGCAAAUGGGCGACGCACCCAUCGCACCUGGCUUACAACAAACGCGACAGCGACAAUCCAAAUCCAUUUCGGGAACCUUACAUCAUCUCGAGAUACAUCGACAAUCCGCUGCUGAUCGGCGGUAAUCUAUUUGACGGUAGCUUUCUUACUUGUGUCGUCGGUUUCGCUGUUGUGAUACCUCAAAUUUUCAUCACACUGCUAUUCGGCGAUACACUUUCUGACGGCAACAGAGAACCUGGAGAACUACGCUCAAUCUGUCGCCAGCAACAUGAAUGAUCAAUUUUCAUUUUGAUGAAACCGUUUCACUUGUAACUUCCACGAAGACCAAGACGAAGAAUAGGGGAUCUUUUUUAUCACUUUUUUGAACAAAUAGGUAACAAUGAAUGAGUACUUACUUUUCUGACCCCAGUGUAAGUGUUGACGUGCUCAUUCUCUCCUCCUCCAUGACAGGCAAAAAGUUCGAUUUGCGAGUCUAUGUUUUGGUGACAUCGUUUCGGCCUAUCCGAACUUAUAUCUACGACGAGGGCUUCUGUCGCUUUUGCAAUGUGCAGUAUUCGACUGAUGUGACGGAACUAGACAACGUUUUUGUUCACCUCACAAAUGUUGCAAUCCAAAAGCAUGCGGAAGAAUACAACGCAAAGCAUGGCGGGAAGUGGUCUUUGCAGGACCUCAGGCUCUACAUCGAAUCAAUCACGCAAUGCAGAGACACGGCUUUACAGGUAUCUACUUAUGAAGGUUGCCGGUAUUCCGCGAAGAGACACUGAAAAAUCAUAAUGAUGUAAGUAGUUGUACCUAAGCUCUGCAAGGGACUGUUGACUCUCCUUGUGAAGCUUCUGCUUAUUUACAAGGUAUAAUUAUGUCGUUUUUCCAACAUGUAACGACUCGUACCUCAGGUCUUUCGCGACAUAGAGAACAUGAUUGUCGUCACUCUGAAGAGUGUGCAGCAUUCGAUGAUCAACGAUAAGCAUUGUUACGAGCUUUAUGGAGUGGAUGUGCUGAUUGACGGCAAUCUGAAACCGUGGCUGCUCGAGGUGAAUGCCAGUCCCAGUCUCAGCACAACUACUUUUGAAGACAGGAUCCUUAAGACGCGCCUGAUUCACGACACUUUUAACAUCCUUGAGGCAGAGUAUGCUGCAGAGAUGCGGCAAAACAGCACUACGCGGGUCACACCCUUCGGCAUCAAGAUGGAUGACGGAACUUUCGUGUCCAACAGUAUUCGAAACAUGCAACAAUUGGGCGUCUUCGCUAGCGGCGGUGUUGUGCUUAUGGACGAAACGCAAAAACAAAUUGCUGGAGAAAAAUUUGAAGAUACUUCUCCGUUCCUGAUAAUUAGUCGUACCAGAUGAGGAUUAGCUAUAGCUACUAUACGAGUAUAUUAUAUAUAAUGUCAAUCUUUUUUUCUACUUCUUUAUUCUAAUAGAUCCACGUCAGAUCCGAAUAACACUCAGGGAAGCGGCACAGUUGUUUAUCCGCACGGCAAGCACGGUCUUUCCAUGGGCGGCUUCCGCAUUCUCUUUGACGAACAGGCCCAAAAGAGGAAGAUGGAAAAGACACAGAAUGAACCUCAUAAGCAAAAAAAGAAGGCAUUCUACGGUGCGAAGGAAUGGAGAUAAAAUUUAUGUGUUUGCAUUUCUUGACCCAACGACGGAUUGGUGGACCCUUCAUUUUCUUGCGCUUGCUACUUUGCAAUCUUCAAUUUUUUGCGUCUUUUACGGGCUUUGUGCAUGCUAUUCAUUGAAGUAAUUGGUAACUAAAAAUUUUUCGUCUUGGUUGUGACGAACUUGCCAAAGAUGAAUGAUUCCGUUUGUGCUUCUUGAAUGAUUUCUUCUUUCUUGCUUGACGACGCUUGAUGCUCAUAAUUUCUUAUACGAAAUUCGCAAUUGCAGUUGCAUUUCUGCUUCUUUAAGCCUAGGCAAUGCUUUUUGAAGAACCGUUGACUUCUUUUUUGUCUUUUCUCCGACGUAGACGUUUGCGUGCGAAGAGGCGCCGGCGGUGGCUUCGCCUCAUGCCAAAAGUCAAG